GGAACAUCACGAAUUGUGGAAUUAUGACGGCUAGUAGUAGAGGUGCCAGAGCCACGGCUUUGCUAAUUAGUGAGUCUUAUCUUUGGCCAUUUACUAUAAUUUAAAUAGGCAUGCGUUGGGAUGCUAAUUAGAUCUAGGAGGGGCAUCGCGCAAUCCACGAAUGUGCUCGCAAUGCAUCAGCAAUAUCUCGAGGAUCUCGGCCAGGAGGGCAUACGCCGUAGAAUCCAAUGUUCUUGAUCCAGUACCAAAUCUUCCACCGAUCGUAGAUCAGAAAGCCGCGAGCAUCGCUCCUGUUACUGCUUCCCAAGGCUCAACACCAUACAUAACCAAAACGGGCAUCCUCCUCUCCCGACCUCCUCUCCUCACGCGAAACCUCACAUCCUUUGAAAAGGCAUUCUUCUUCUACCAGAAACGACUGAACGAACGACUUGCGCUCCCUUUCACCCGCUACUUUUAUUUCAAAAAAGGCUCCCCCGCGGAUGCAGACUGGAAGCUCAAGGCUAAGGAUCGAGGCGGUGCUGCGGCGAGAGAUUUGGGUGGUUAUAAUGCGUAUGGGGAGUUUGGAUGGAAUGAUGAGUUACUGGUCGGUGAUAAACUGAGCGACCCACAAACGACAGUGGAGAGUCUUGUGAAGGAUAGUGUGGUGAGAGCAGUUGAAGGAAAAGAUGGUCAGGCUGUAGAAGUCAAGCUUGGAGAAGGCGAAGAGGCCGCAAAGAUCGACAUGCCGGAGCCUAGAGAAACUGCGGCGGAUCAAGAGAAUCUUUUGCAGGCCUUGGAUCGCAAGUUGGAUAGGACGUUGUACUUGUGUGUGCAGCGCAAGAACGGUGGAUGGGGAUUUCCUGCUGGUGAGAUGAUUGGCAGGGAGAGUUUGCAUCAGGUUUGUACAAUUGUGGAAUUAAAAUUUGCGAUUAUGGCUAAUGGAUUGGUGAAAUAGGCAGCAGAACGCAUCCUCGUUCAAACGGCCGGUCUCAACAUGAAUACUUGGAUCGUAGGAAAUGCCCCUAUUGGUUACUACAUUGUUAAACCAUACAAGGAGAAGCCCGGAGAGAGAACCUUUUUCAUGAAGGGAAGGAUAAUGGCGGGGCAGGCGAAUCUGGCGGAGAACAUCUAUGAACUUGGGGACUUUAAAUGGUUGACCAGAGAGGAGAUUGAAAAACUUGUUAGUCCCAAGUAUUUCAGCUAUGUAAGAAACAUGCUUGCUGACCGAUGA